AUGUCAGAAACUUGUACUGCUCGUGCCCACUCGGCAUCAGUAUAUUUUGUUCCUUAUGAAAAAUGGUCACUUCAUAGUUAUAUAACUUUAUUAGUUGAUAACUAUGAAAACGUUGAUAAAAUGGAUGCCCAUUUUUCCUUCUAUAAAACGUUAAGUUCAAUUAAUGACAAUGAAAAUAUGUUUCAAGAAACCAAAGUUCUUAAAGCUAUUAAUAGCUUCUGGACAUCGUCAUCGUCCCAUAAAGGAAAAAAGAGAAAGUGCUUACUAAAGAUAGUAAUAGGUGAUCAGCGAUCAGUAAAAAUCUUUAACUGA